AUGAUGUUACACAUAUUCAACGAGAAACGUAAGCUUCAUAAGAAAGCGGUUUCUGAUAGUGUGCGGUGUGUGAUGCAUCCGGAUGAAUCUUUCCCCGAAAGACUAGCCUCUAUUCUGAAGAAAUCACACGAAUUAAGACGGGACACAGAAGCCGCGGAGGUAGCCAAAUGGUUAAAAGGAAGAGUCACUGCUUUCAAAACUGUUUCCGUGGAUGUACUUACUCGACUUGUGAGAGAAUGCGAAAUCGAAACUCGCAAGCCCUAUGAGCUGAUUAUUCGAGAGGGAGAUGCUGCUGACCGUAUGUACAUAUUGCUCUCCGGUUCGGCAUCCGUACAUCAAAUAGGCGUCUCGGGAAGGGAAACAGAUGAUCAAUGGAUUCGCGAAACCGACCCAAAUCCUGUUACCGUUUGUGGAGGGAAAACGGACGAAGCGCAAUCAGAAAAAAGUAUGGAACAGGAGCGAGCAAUAACGACUGUCCGAAAUCUCGAUGACCUUGGCCCUCGGGUAUCCCUGCUCACAAGUGGCGCGAUUUUUGGAGAAGUAGCUCUCAUUGAAGCGUGUCGUCGCACAGCAAGUAUAGUCGCGUUGCCAUCAAACGAUGACAACAACGGGGAGAUGUGUAGUCGUCGUCCUCGUACUCACUAUUCGACGGACUCGAGCAAUGAAUCCAAAGCAGAUCCCUUAGUAUUCAAGCAACUAACAACAACCAGUGAUGUGGAUAAUUGCGAUGAUGAUGAUAAUGAUAAUGAUGAUGAAGAUAGGGAAAAUCACGCGGAAGACUGCGUUCAGUUAGUGGUCAUCUCCCGAACUCUCUAUGACAAGACCGUUCGAACUGUAAUUCAAGAGCAGUUUCAGUUUCGUAUCACAUUCAUCAAUCACUUGCCUUAUUUCUCGCAAUUGACUCCCCGGACGAAGGAACAAAUAGCAUUUGGAUUGGAAACGGAAACUUAUCCGCUCGGGAGUGCGAUUGUCCAUCAAGGCUCUCCAUUCAAAGGAUUGUACUACCUAAUUCGAUCCCAGUCUUGUGAUCCGACCGAAAUUUUGAUGAAACAAUUACUCCUGGAACGCAACUACACCCAACAGUUAGAUAUUGAUGUUGCCCUGUUCCUGAAUCGCCUCAGUAAAGAGGAUCGGGAAAGUUGCUGGUAUCCGAAGGAAGAACCAGGAACCUCGAACCAGAACCAGGUGAGUGAUAAAUAG